AUGACUGAACGAAAUGAUUCAUGUGAAUGUAAAGAAAAUUUUUAUUGUUUUUUGUGUAAAUUUAAAGAAUUUGAACAAUUAAAAAAUUGUUCAGAUUUACAACUUCAAAAUAAAUUUGAAGAAUUAAAUAAAAGAUUAGAUGAUUUAAUCGAUCCUUUAGAGAAAGGAAUAAAAGAAAAUAUUAAAGAAAUAAAUAAAUUAAAAGAUCAUUUCGCAAAUUUAGUAAAUAUUCGUCAAUGUUAUACAGAUGAAUUAUGUAAACGUAAAAUUGAAUUUAUUUCAAAAUAUGAUCGUGUGAAUGAAAAGUCUACUCAUAAUAUCAUACUUGACUCAACUAAAGAAAUUAAAGAGAUGGUUAUCGAUGAAUUACCUGGUUAUGAUCAAGUAGUUAGUACUUAUAAUAAUUUUAUUGAAGAAUUUUUUAAUUUUUAUAAGUUUGAACAAGAAAAAAGAACUAUUUUUAAAGAAAAUAUAGAAUUUAUCACGUCAGAUGAAUUCCAAUUAUUGGAUAAUAAAAUUAUUAAAAUUCCUACGACUGAAAUUUAUAUGAUUGAAAUUUCUUGA